ACGUUGUCCUCACCAAGUUUCAAAGAGAUGAGUAUCUAUAAAAAUAGAAUUUUAGAAGCAGGGGAGUAAAGAAAUUAGAAUAUAGAAGAAACUUAAGAAAAAUAGAAAACAGAAAAAAAUGGAAGGUGAAUUUGUAGUUGGGAAGAUGAAAUUGGGUUCACAAGGUCUUGAAGUAUCAAAACAAGGACUUGGGUGUAUGGGCAUGUCAGCUUUCUAUGGUCCUCCAAAGCCUGAAUCCGAUAUGAUAGCUCUAAUCCAUCACGCCAUUGAAAAGGGUAUUACAUUCUUGGAUACAUCAGAUAUGUAUGGUCCGUUUACUAAUGAAAUUUUACUUGGCAAAGCACUUGUGGGUAAGAGAGACAGAGUUCAAUUAGCUACCAAAUUUGCUGUUAGCUUUGGAGAUGGGGGUAUGUCGAUUCGUGGGGAUCCUGAAUAUGUUAGAGCUUGUUGUGAAGCUAGUCUCAAGAGACUUCAAGUUGAUUGUAUUGAUCUUUAUUAUCAACACAGAAUUGAUACCAAAGUCCCCAUUGAAGUCACAAUUGGGGAACUCAAAAAGCUCGUUGAAGAGGGGAAGAUCAAAUACAUAGGGCUGUCGGAGGCGUCGGCUUCAACCAUUAGGAGAGCACAUGCUGUUCAUCCAAUAACAGCAGUUCAGUUAGAAUGGUCAUUGUGGACUAGAGAUGUAGAGGAAGACAUUCUUCCUACUUGUAGAGAACUAGGAAUUGGAAUUGUUCCAUACAGCCCUUUGGGAAGAGGCUUCUUUUCGUCUGGGGCAAAGUUAGUAGACAGCCUAGCCGAUAACGACUUCAGAAAGAGUCUACCUAGGUUUCAAGCAGAGAAUCUUGAGCACAACAAACAUAUUUUUGAACAAGUUAACAAAAUGGCUCUAAAGAAAGGAUGCACCCCAUCCCAACUUGCAUUGGCAUGGGUACAUCAUCAAGGAAUCGAUGUUUGUCCAAUACCAGGCACGACCAAGAUUGAGAACCUCAAUCAGAAUAUAGGUGCUCUCUCAGUGAAACUGACAGAAUCAGAAUUGGCAGAACUUGAAUCUCUGGCUUCCAACGAAGAUUCCGUAAAGGGUGACAGGUAUGAUGGAAUGGGUUCAACCUGGAAAUAUACAGAUACUCCUAGUCUGUCCUCUUGGAAAAAAGAUUAAACUUUUUGUUUCUCGGUAUGCAUCUGUUUUGUAUGAGCUUCCCUGCUCUAAGUUUCAGUCCAUCAAACCUGCAUUAUGCAUGAGUAAUAAGAGUUAUCUAGAUGGUGCACUGGUUUUGUUUGAUUUGCCAUGGUCGUUGUGUAAUUUAAAAAUUGAAACUUGUUUGGAACAUAAUGAUAACAUUGUAACGGGGAAGCAACAGUGCCAUGUAUCACACUCUAUUGAUCCAUUAAACCUCCUUUGUAACAGCCUUGCAUAGUUUCACUCUAAUCAGUGGAAACAAGUCUACAUUGCUUCUCAGUUCUCAC